CCCACCAAGUCAGUGUCAGUGUCAUAUGUAUAUUGUCAGUGUCAUACGUGCGCUCGACGCGGCGGUUCAUUCUGUUCACCCGCCUGUAGUAUAGUAAAUUUCACACCAGUAGCUAAUUAAAAUGAUUCCGCUCAGUGCCUACUGGUCUACCUUCUUGCAGACGUCUCUUGCCCUGAACACGCUUUGGUAUGGCCUGAUGCUGCUCAUUUAUCAGUAUUUUCCUAUCGGUUUGGUGCCCGGUGCUGUUGUUACUAUUCUCGCGCAUUUCUUGCGCGCUCCAAAACCAGCGAACUCUCGCCUCGAGAAAAUCCUCGGCAAAGAUCUGCACCUCGUCGGCGAAGCCGAUACAGCCGAAAAUAACAAUGUGUUAAUGCGUACUGUUGCGCACCGAGGCGCCGGUUUAGACGCGCCGGAAAACAGCUUGAUUGCUUUCAAACAGUGUGCUACUGAAGGGUGCAUGUACAUUGAGUUUGAUGUGGCCCUCACCAAGGAUGGUGUUCCAGUGGUUUUCCAUGAUAGGACCUUUGAGAGAGUGGCCAAUGAUAAAAGGAAUUUAAGAGAUCUGACAUUUAAAGAGCUGAAUUCUAUUGACAUUGCAGCUAAUCAUCCAUUUAAAGAAAGGUAUGAAGGAACAAGAAUUCCUACCUUGGAUGCCACAGUGAAGCAGCUCUUGGCAGAUGGACAGAAAAUGUUCAUUGACAUUAAGGAGUCUGACUACAGGAUGGUGCCCGUGAUAAACGAAUUAUAUCAAACAUUUCCAACGCUUUAUGAUAACGCUGUUGUGACCACAUUCUUCCCAAAUAUUAUCUAUGCUAUUCGUAAACAAGAUCCUCAAAUCGUAUGCUCACUGGCAUACCGACCGUAUUUCUUUAGCAACGAAUCGUACUCCUUCCUUACAGGCGUUGGUCCUCGUCGUUACAAUUCUCUAUGGAAGCAUUAUUUAGCUUGUAUUGUGGAUACCGUCCACAGCUGGGCGCUACCUCGUAUUACCUGCCAUUUUAUUGGAUUGUCUGUGAUCCUGCUGCACAAGGACUGCGUCAGCCCGCAAAUAAUAAAGGAGUGGCGUGAUAGAGGCAUUCGCCCCUGUGUCUGGACCAUUAAUAAGCCGGUCGACAAGCACUAUAUACAUCGCACGUUAAAGUGCACUUACCUCACUGAUACGUUGAUUGGAGAGAAUUCCAUGAAUAUGUCUGACUCGAAGUAUAACUAACGAGAGUAAUUUACACAAUUAACGAAUACCAAAGCGACGUGCCACGCAACGUCUACAACGGAGUCAUUUUAAUUAAAUACUGAACGUAAAUGAACUUUUUUAUCAGCGACUUUAUUCGUUUUUUUUAUUAAGUUAAAUACAUUUUAUAUGGUAGCUGCAGAAACGUUACACUAACGUUUUCAACUGAUCUCGACGUUCACAUUUUUAAUUUUAUGUAAUUAACUAUAAGAUAAAGAAAAAGAGAAAUGGUAGAGAAUAUUAAAAGGGCACACAAACUUGUAACACAUACUCAUGGAGGCAAAACAUGUGAUGUAUUAUUAUUUGUAGCGAUGUAGAAAAAUUAUGUGUGGAAGUGAAACAUUUUUAAUAAUUGUACAAGAGGAAAUGGAUGAUAAGGUAAAAUUUAAAA